AUGAUUUUUAUCUGGAUGCCCGAAUCGCCUUAUUACUACGCGAUGAAGGGCCAGGACGAGAAAGCAAGUGGCUCUCUAAAGUGGCUUUUAAGAAAGGAGAACGUGGAACCCGACUUCCUGCAGCUAAAAGCCGACGUUAACCGACAGAUAUCCGAAAAGAGCACUUGGUCCGAUUUGUUUACCAUUAAAAGUAACCGGAGGGCAUUAGCAGCGUGUAUAUUCCUGCAAGUGAGCCAGGCCUUGGCCGGCAUAUCGAGCUUUGAAACGUACGUGCAAUAUAUUUUCGAAAAAUCCGGAAGCUUAACCGUCAGUCCUCAGGUAUCGGCCAUGUUUUUUUCCGGACUGUUGUGUAUAGUUAUGACCGGGCUGGUUUUUACCGUGGACCGGACAGGAAGGCGAAAAUCUAUGGUUAUAUCCUGUUUGGGUUCCGCUAUUCUACUUUUAUCCGAAGCCAUUUAUUUUUAUCUCAAGGACACUGUGCCCGAUAUAGAUUUUUCUCGAUUACAGUGGUUUCCUUUGGCCGGACUAAUAACCUAUGUGUUUUUUUAUUCCGUAGGGUUGGGAUUACUUCCGUCCCUGAUGGCGGGUGAACUUUAUUCUGUCAGUAUUAAAGGUAAAGCUCUUUCGGUGACGAAUGUCGCGAUGGGUUUUAUCGUCUUCGUCGGCACAUUCACGUUUAAAAGUCUGAACAGUGUGACCGUGUUAUACGCUCCAUUCUUAGUUUUUGCUUGUUGUACGUUCUGUUCGUUCGUAUUGUCGUUUUUUAUUAUUCCAGAAACAAAAGGCAAGACUCUCGAGGAAAUCCAGCAAAUGCUCAAGGGAAACAGUAUAAAAAUGUAG